AUGUCCAACAGCAGCUCCAUCAGCCAGUUCCUCCUCCUGCCGUUCACAGACACACGGGAGCUGCAGCUCUUGCACUUCUGGCUCUUCCUGGGCAUCUACCUGGCUGCCCUCCUGGGCAACGGCCUCAUCAUCACCACCAUAGCCUGGGACCAGCACCUCCACACCCCCAUGUACUUCUUCCUGCUCAACCUCGCCCUCCUCGACCUGGGCUGCAUCUCCACCAUUGUCCCCAAGUCCAUGGCCAACUCUCUGUGGGACAACAGGGUAAUUUCCUAUGCAGGGUGUGCUACACAACUCUUUCUGUUUGUCUUUUUAGCUUCAGCAGAGUUUUACCUUCUCACCAUCAUGUCGUACGACCGCUACGUUGCCAUCUGCAAACCCCUGCACUACGGGACCCUCCUGGGCAGCAGAGCUUGUGUCCACAUGGCAGCAGCUGCCUGGGCCACUGGGUUUCUCAAUGCUCUGCUGCACACGGCCAAUACAUUUUCACUGCCCCUGUGCCAGGGCAAUGCCCUGGGCCAGUUCUUCUGUGAAAUCCCCCACAUCCUCAAGCUCUCCUGCUCACACUCCUACCUCAGGGAACUUGGGCUUCUUGUGUUUAGUGGAUCUUUAGUUUUUAUGUGUUUCAUUUUUAUUGUGGUGUCCUAUGUGCAGAUCUUGAGGGCCGUGCUGAGGAUCCCCUCUGAGCAGGGACGGCACAAAGCCUUUUCCACCUGCCUCCCUCACCUGGCCGUGGUCUCCCUGUUCCUCAGCACUGCCAUGUUUGCCUACCUGAAGCCUCCCUCCAUCUCCUCCCCAUCCCUGGACCUGGUGGUGUCAGUUCUGUACUCAGUGGUACCUCCAGCAGUGAACCCCCUCAUCUACAGCAUGAGGAACCAGGAGCUCAAGGAUGCCUUGAAGUUUUAG